UGUGAACCCACCCAGCAAAGAGAGCAUAAAUACCGAGCGGGAGACUCACACGUCACACACUCAUAGCCUGCAGUGCUUCGCUACACUCUCACACCAACUCUGUCGACUCUGUAACUGAAGAAUGUCGGACAACUACGACGAACUUCUUCUUAUUCGCAACUUCCUUCAGAUCGGCCUGAAUGAUGACUUCCCAAAACAACACACGAAAACAACGUCCCGUCAGCUGUCUUCCUGCGUCUCCCCGAAGAGCCUCAGCUCUGAGAAACUCAGCGAGGACUCGGUCGGCUGGCCAUUUGACAUAUGGAGCGAGAACAUGCCAAAAAAGCCUCAGUAUCCAUUCAGGGCUGACAGGUCUAUGAGUCUGACUGAUAACUACCUACCCAACAACAAGCUGAAGUCUCUCGAACUUCCACCACCACCUGGAUUCCCACCUUUAGCUCCUCAGGCUUCAAACCGGUACAAGACUGAGCUGUGCCGAAGUUUCCAAGAGAACGGCAGCUGCAAAUAUGGUAACAAGUGUCAGUUUGCACACGGCGAAAGUGAGCUUCGAGGUCUUUACCGCCAUCCGAAGUAUAAAACAGAGGCAUGUCGCACGUUCUACAACUUCGGAUACUGUCCCUACGGAAGCCGCUGCCACUUUAUCCACGAGGAGAAACUCUCCUAUCCUCAAACACUCAACCAGAAGUCCCAAACACCUGCCAGCCAGCAAGCGCGAGUUCUCCGCCAGAGCGUAAGCUUUGCCGGUUUCCUCGGCUCUCGCAGUGUCUCCCCACCAGCAUCCUACGAAUCUAUGGGUUUUAGCCGUGCGCCAUCAGUUUCUCCUCCGCCAGCUGACAUCUUGUCCCCUGCAUUUAACGACACAACUCGUGAUAUGUUUCCAUUCCCACAGAUCCGAGUUGAGAGCGAUGUCCAUACCUCUCCUUUGCUAACAGAGCCUCAGAAGUCCUCACACUGUGUGUGGGGCCAAGGAACAAACUUUGAGCCGUUGGUUGGCAAAUGCGCUGCGAAGGAGAACCGAAGCAGUGCCUUUGGGUUCAGCCAUGCCAACAUCCAGCGCUUUGCCUCAGACGAGUCUCUCUCAGACCAUGAGAGCUACAGCAGCACAGGGAGCUCAAGUGGCUCUGAAUCCCCCACUUUUGAAAAUGUAGCCAGCAAACGCCUCACUGUUUUCGCUCGCAUGUCUGUUUCUGAAUAAUUUCUUUUUUUUUUAAUGGACAUUUUUGGAAUCACAGUCUUUUUCAAAGACUCUUUAUUAUGACAGUAAUAUGAAAACUCUUAAUAUUUUUGGUUAUUUAUUUACUUUAAUUACUGUCUAUAAGAAAUUUAUUUUGAUACACACUUGCAGUCUAAAGCUAUGUAUUUUUAUUGCGUUUAUGUACUUUCCAUUGUGUCUUCCACUUGCUUGCUUUGCUAAUGGCGAAUUUUACCACAGACAUUGGUCAAAAACAUCAGGUGCCAUAUUAGUGCUACUGACGUAAGCAGAGCUUGUGUCUUUGCCCAUUCCAAACAAUCAGCUGACACAAAGAAGAUAAUUUCUAGGCUACUCACUCAACCAGCAAUGUGACAAACAUGAAAUGAUAGCUAUUACAUGUACUCACUAAGAAAUGCACUUUACCUCUACUGGGAGAUAUGUAGCAUUUAACCAAAGCAUUAUGAUCUAUGUGCCUAUGUUUUUUUUGCCUUGGAUCUUGACAGCCUUUUGGUAAAAACCUCCCUGUAUCAUAAUUUACACACAACAAAUGUAUUUUUUUUUUCAGACAAGACUUGUCAAGAGUGUUGUUUUUUUUUCAUCAGGGACUGUAACAGCACAGUAUUUCCGUAGUUUAGAAUGCCUUCAUUUGCAAUGUUUUGUAAUUGUAUAGACUUAACCAAUGUAUUUAUUAAGUAUUUAUUAAAGUAAUAGCGAUGUAUUUUUUACUUAUUUAUCAGCACAUGUUGGGGUAUUAAAAGUGUUGCCACAAAGUGAUGGAUUUAAUAAUAAUUUCCCAAAAAAUUAUUAAAUAAAUUAUGUAGAAAAUUAA